AAGACGUGCACGAGUACGAACUCUUAGUAACGAGUCCAAAUUGUACAAAUAAGGUGGAUUUGCAAUCCAAAGGUCUUGUAAUGUUGAUAGGCAUGUGAUUCAUUGAUUGGUUUAGUCACAUAAACACAUAAAUCGCUUAAUUGUGGCAUAAUGACAUAACGGGAAGGAGUACGAACUCUUAGUAAUGAGUCUAAAUUGUACAAUAAGGGGGAUUUGCACUUUAAAUGUCUUGUAAUGUUGUGGACAUGUGAUUCAGUGAUUGAUUUCGUUAUAUAAACACACAAACCGCUUAAUUGUGUCAUAAUGACAAGACGUGCACGAGUACAAACUCUUAGUAACGAGUCCAAAUUGUACAAUAAGGUGGAUUUUCACUUUAAAUGUCUUGUAAUGUUGAUGGACAUGUGAUUCAUUGAUUGGUUUCGUCAUAUAAACACAUAAACUGCUUAAUUGUGUCAUAAUGACAAGACGUGCACGAGUAUGAACUCUUAGUAACGAAGAUUGGAUGAUGAUGAAUUUGAAGUAUUUACUAUAUAAUAUAGGGCGAGUAUGUCGGCUAGUGGAGUCCACAGAGCAUGUUGCCGAGUGAGUCAGAUAGAUGCCAUGGUAUACAUAGUGUUGCUUCUUUUUCGCCCAAUUCUAAGAAAUAAAAAUCCGUCAAUAAAUGAAGAACCCCAUUAUAUAGAUGAUAUGAGAGGGCUAAGGCAGUAAUCUCGACGGAGAUUAUCACUCACUCUUCUUAGUUCUCGUUCUUCACUCGCUAGGUCGGGAGAUGAAAAAUAGUCCUUAGGCCUUGGAAUCCUAAAGUAUUUCUGUCUUAAGAGUUCUCCUCUCUAUGAAUUUAUACUUAUAGGGGUAACAACCUCAUACUCGUCGAAUACCCGUUGAAUACCGGAGCUCAUGCCUUAUCGAGCAUGUUUUCUCAUUUUGAAAGUACUUUAUUCUGCCGCAGCAAAUGGUAAUCACAAUAAGGAUUUUAAGAAAGACGAUUUAGUUACUUCUUCUUUAUUCCCCAGAUUCUAAAAAGAAGAUAAACUGUCAGGAGCUAUAGCAGAUCGAACGAAUGUGAGAGGAUCUAACUAGUGCUUUAUAUAACAUUCUUGUAGCAUCUAUCCUCCGUCACUCUAUCAUUAACCUCUCUCCACUAACUAUUAAGAAGUUUCAAUAGGCACUAGUAUGUGCGUAUGAUGCGAAAAAAAACAGGGGGUCGUUUGGAUCUAGGUUUCUAGUGAGUGAUUUGUGAGGAAUUUUAAAACAAUCCCUCGUUAUGCAGGAUUUUAAUACAAUUAUGCGUUUGGAAAGAUGAGAGAUUGUUAGGAUUAGAGAUUUCAAAAUCUCUCAUAUGCAGGUUUUUAAAAUAGCUGAUGGGGACCAGCUAUUUCACAAUCCCUCAUUUUUUAUUGCAUUUUUCCAAAGCCUACCCUCCUUCAUCGGUGUUAUUCCUCUUCUCAGAUCGUCUUCAACUUAUUAUUCCGACUUCUUCUUUCUUUUCUCCGACCAUCCUCAACCGACAUCAAUAGUGAGAUAAUCUCUGAUCUCCUCCGACGACCAAGGAUAAGAUUACGGCGGGAUUUCGUUUAAUUCAUUCUUCUUCUCUUCAAUCAUUCUUCUGGCCUCUGAUCCGGCGAAAUUCAAUCGACUGCUACAUCGAGUAGAAGCUAGGAUUCUCCCUCUCGACCCCUCACUGUGCCUUCCUUCCCCGCAACCGAAAAAGGUAGCUGCUCAAGCAAGCGCCAUCGGCGAUGAUGCAGAGAUGGGGUUUUAUCGAUGGGGAGAUUGCAUGUUCUGCGUAACUAGGUUUGUAAGGAAGAAGACGACGAGAAGAGCGACGGAGGUUUUUGGGGCCAUGAAUCUGUUCGCCGACGGAGAUUUUGUGUCGACUCCUGUUCGAAUCGAAUCCGAAGCCCACAACUCAACUUCUCUCGCCACUUCUGUUCAUUCCCGUCGAUGGGUAGAUAAGUGGUUGGUGGAUUUUGGGUCAAUUUCCGUUGCCGGUUUCUGGGUUACUCGCCAACCCCGCCGCAUCUCGAUGAAAACGAAUCUGGUCCUAGAUACUGCGAUUGCGCUGAUGGAAGAAGAAGCAAUGGAAGAUGGAACCUAGCCUUGUGAAGAUGGAAGAGUUGCAAACUGUGGAAGGAGGUCUGGACUUCAUAUUGAAAUUGCUACAACAACACUCAAUUGGAUGGAAAUUGGCGGAGAGUGAUAGGUUGAAUAUGGAAAAUCGGCAAAGAUUGGAUCAAUUGGAUGGAGAUUGGAUGAAGCAGAGAGGAAGAGAGGGUUGCUCGGUUUGGCCAAGGAAGAAGGAGGAAGUGGGAUUUAUGGGCACAUCUGUAAUUUUGAUUUCACUAUUAAAAACACUUAAUAAUA